GUUUUGGUAACUGCUGGCCUGCUUGGCAAAAUAAAAUGGCAUUUGUACGCGAUUUCGUUUGCUGACUGAUGACUGCUGUACUUGGUCCUUGCCAAACACCAGACACGCGGCGGACAAAAAGAAAGUCCUGUGCAGCGGGGAACCGCUGGCUCUGACGUGCUCACAUUCAACCAGGAGACGAGAAGCGUCUACUGGAUGGCAAGAAGCGACAGAUACUGAUUGUACUGGAGAGACUGGAACACCGGGCACAUAGAUCAAGACGGCGGGUCAGAGCCGCAGCCUCGUUCGGGCACUCGUGCGUACAUUCGCUGCUGGUGCUCUAGAUCGAAAGCAGAAGUCACAGCAUCAAGCGUUCGCGGGCAAAUGACACAAAGGUAAAUCUAAUGUAAUCGAAAAACAUCGAUGUUCCAGAAAAAAUACUUGUAGACAGAGCCUUCCAUUCAAUCCGUCCAACAGCCUCCUCCCAAAAACGCAAAAUCAAAGUAGAGCAACGACUCCCGGCUGCGGCUACAACAGAAACAACUCCAAAAAUCGAUGCCCCACUGCCACAUAAUGGUCUAUAUGCGAAUUGUGCUGACAACCUUGGUGACCGUAACGUGCCUGUUGGGGGACAACUUCGUGGAGCUUACGCAGCAUCCGCUGCUGAAGGCCCUGGCGGACAAUGCUACGCACGCCGCCAUCGGCGCCCUCACCGGCAUCGCCUUUUCGAUGCAAUUCUACGAGCGAACCACGCAACUAUUUGGCUGGAUAUUGAUUUUCACAUGUUUCGUAGUGUCAUCGUUCAUUGACUUGGAUCACUUUGUGGAGGCCCGUUCGCUGUACCUGGAGGAUGCCACCAAUCUGUCGCGUCGUCCGUUCCUGCACUGUUCCAGCAUCAUCCUGGUCAUGUUGCUGUUCUACAUAUGCACCGCGUGCCUGAACUACUUCCGCACCAGCCUACUGCUGGGCGCCCUGCUCUGUGCCUUCAUCACACAUCACACGCGUGACGCUGUGCGUCGCGGCUACUGGUUGUGUCCCAUGGGACACACGGAUCGCGUGCCGCAGCUUGCCUACAUCAUAAUCACGAUCAUGACGCCUCAUCUGUUGGGCUGUCUGCACGCCCUCUGUCGCAGUGUCCUGGUGCUAAACUUUUUGGGGCAAUACGUGAAAUUAAGCGAAUGCAAUUACCGCGGUGGAUCCGGGUCAGGGUCAGGGUCGGUCUGUUUGAACGCAAACUAUCGUUAUAUGCAGGUGUAAGGGGAUUAACGAUUUACCUUGUGAUACGAGAACGUACUGCAAAAUCAUCAAAUGGUGAAUGCAAAUGCUUUUUAGGCUUCAAGCGCAUUAGAUUAGCUUUAACAUUGGAUCAGCUAGAAACCAAUUACUUCCACACUACAGGACACAAUUUUAGAUACUACAAUUAGUUUUAUUCGAGUACCUUUUGGGAACUGUGAUUCCCGUCCAAUCGAUAUGAUAGUUUUGUCCAUUAACUAGCGUAGGUUUUUACUAGACUCUAAAUACAGAUAAUAUCCGAAUUGUGAUAUGUAGUUGAUAGUGAAACUAGUGUAACGAGCAUAGCGCACAACAAAUCAGUUUUUCAACUUCCAACUUUGACUCAAUAUCGUAGGCAGGCCUUACUUAUAGUAAAUAGUAUUAUGUAUUAAGCCAUUUUAAUCUAUCCUAGCCGAAAGUAUAAUAAAUCCAAAUAAUUGCCUUAAACUGAAGUGCUGUCUCAACAGCCUUCGAAUCACGGCCAACAUGCCAGCAUACAAAUACAAUCUACCAUUAAUCCUA